AUGCCGCGUACCGUCACGGAAACCAUCACCAAGGGCCUCGCCAUCGACCCGCCUGCCCAGACCCCAUUCUCCCAAUCCACCGGCGGAGGAGGGGGACGUCCACAGAAUAUGCCCGGCAGCGCGCCAUACCACCACCACCACCAACAACCAGGAGACGCCUUCAGCACGGGCUUCCUGCACGUCGCCUUCCCGGCUUUCACCGCCACGCUGGCCUUCUUCCUCACGGCCAUUGCCGUCUUCAUCGGUACCCUGGCCGUCACAUACCUCACCGUGCGCACCUGGAAGAACGUCCUGAGGAUGUACACCGGUCGCGCGCAGCCUGCUUCCGCGGAAGAGGAACAGGCCACGGCGCUCGCGGCGGCGAAGACGGUUUUGUUGAGUUUCUGCCUGACGGUUUUGGUUCUUGUGCUGCGGGCGAGACAGGCUUUGGGGAGUUUGUCCGGGACGACGUUUGAGGUUUUCGCGCUGGUGCUGGGGUUGGAGACGGGUGUUGCGGGGAUUGUGGGGUUUGUUUGGGUUCUGGUGAAGGGGGUUGAGGUUGGCAUUCUGAAGGAUGGUGGCGCUGGUGGUGGAGGGAAGAAGAAGGCAGCGUAG